AUGGCCAAAACGAAUUUAAUUUGUGACAAUGGAGGAAAAGCCAAGAAGUGUGGAUUCUCUGAUGAAGAGUGGGAUGCGUUUUUGAUGUAUGUAUCCCGUUUCUACUACAAUAACGGAAACUACCGUGGUUUUGGAGACUCGAAGAUAAUCCCUGGCGUUGAUAUAAAAAAAAUUGACGCACUGACGCGGGCAAGUGAAGCUGCCAAGGUUUCGUCAUCAUUUCUGAGGACUUGGGAUAUAGUGCAACCUGUUAUGGGUACCCUCGAGAGUAAGCAGCUACACCUCGGCUAUGGCGAUAGGGGUGUGACCUGCUAUCAUAGCGAAAACAUCGAUGAGGCUGAUGCCGAAAGAAUCGAUAGAUUUUCCAAGGCGAAAGAGCUGGAACUGUGGAACUCCAGGCUUUUCAAAAAUUUCCAAAAAAGGGAUGGAAAGACUGUAUAUCGAUUGAGACUGGCUAGCAGCAAGAUAGGUACUCUAGAAGUUAUAAGGCUUAUGUUUCCUAUCGCUGACUAGCU